CACAAUUAAUUUAUGAAUACAUAGAGUCGGUUAAUUAUGUUAGCGCACAUAAUUCCAAAUUCCGGCACCACUUUUAACCUGUCCACCCAAAACUGCAAUCCCAAUACAAAAUGGGAUUCGCUUUUCCUUUUUAAAUAGGUGUAGAUGGACGCUGCAACUCACAAAUUCCUAUAACUGAAGGUCUUGAGAAAAGAAAAAUUCCCAGAAAAUGAAUCAUAAGUUCCUGAUCCUUCUCAUCUUGUGUUGUGCUUUGUGUAUUUCUGGUGUAGAAAUUACUGAAACUACUCCUCAAACCCUCAACAUAAGCAGUCGACAUUGGACACCAUUACCGCACAAGAACACAGUUGGAGGCAUUGGCAUUCGGUGUGUAGUAGCCGCAAGUGUAUCCUUUGUGGCGGCGGCGAUCUCCAGCGCGGGAGGUAUCGGAGGCGGGGGUUUGUUCAUACCCAUCCUCACCAUCAUCGCCGGCCAAGACGUGAAAACAGCUUCCACCUAUUCGGCUUUCAUGGUGACAGGCGGAUCGAUAGCGAAUGUGAUGCGGUCGAAACGGCUGAUUGAUUACGACAUGGCGCUGGUGUGCCAGCCGUCGCUGCUGUUGGGCGUGAGUUGCGGGGUGGUGCUGAAUGUGGUGUUCCCGGAGUGGCUGAUCACGCUUCUGUUUGUAGUUUUCGUCGCCUUCUGCACCUUCAAGACAUGCAGAUCGGCGGUUGUCUACUGGAGCUUGGAAUCGCGAAAUGGCGGCGGAGGGGAAGUGGAGGCCGGUGGAAGUACGAAAGUGCCCCUCUUGAGCAGUACUACUACUGAUGAUGUGGACGAGGGCAAAUACGAGACUCCAUGGAUGUCGAUUGGGAUGUUGGCCCUCAUCUGGUUUUCCUUCUUCGUCUUGUAUCUCCUUCGAGGAAACCGCUACGGACAAGGUGUUAUUGAGAUGGAGGCUUGUGGAACAGAGUACUGGAUAAUCUCAUCAAUGCAAAUUCCUCUUGCCGUUUUCUUCACUUCAUGGAUCCUGUUCCGCGGAACUAGUGCUUCAACUCGGCAGGAAAAUGGAGGGCUAAUCAGAAGGCAGUCCUCCAGCGAGCUUGUUUACCCGAUAAUGGCACUACUAGCAGGCCUUCUUGGGGGAGUUUUCGGAAUUGGAGGUGGGAUGCUUAUAAGUCCAAUUCUUCUUCAACUAGGAAAUGAGCCUCAAGUGACAGCAGCGACGUGUUCUUUCAUGGUACUAGUCUCAUCUAGCAUGUCGGCGCUCCAGUACUUGCUGUUGGGCAUGAAGCACAUCUAUGCAGCCCUAAGCUAUGCAGCCAUUUGCUUCGUUGCCUCACUGGUUGGACUCACAGUGAUACAGCAGGCAAUACUCAAACACGGCCGCCCCUCCCUCAUCGUCUUCUCCGUGGCCACCGUCAUGGCUCUAAGUAUUGUUCUGAUGACUAGUUUUGGAACUAUAGAUAUCUGGAGGAGUUACACAAGUGGGCAGAACAUGGGGUUCAAUAAACCAUGCUAACUUACCUCCUUCAACAGCUAGCUUGCUUCUUGCUACUCUACUUUGUUCAGUUACAAGUUUAGAGAUGCAUGUAAGAUAUAGCCUUUUCAACAAUGAGUUACUAUGCUUAAAUGUCUAAAACUGGAGUGUUUGCCCAAAUUAAGAACCGCGCAACAUUGUAUUGAUCUCCAAAUACUAAUGCUACUUGUUCCUAAGGUCAAGUUCAAUUUUGUGGUC